AUGUCAAAGGACGGCGACAUUCUCCUCGGUGGAAUUUUUAGUGUACACGCCAACGUUGAGUCGCAGGAUCUUUCCUUUGAAACACAGCCAAAACCCAUCGUAUGCAAAACCUUUCGGUACCGGCUGUUUCGUUUUGUAAUGACGAUGAUUUUUGCCAUAGAGGAAAUCAAUAGGGAUGACCAAUUGCUUCCAAACGUGAGCCUCGGUUACCGAAUAUACGAUACUUGUGGCACCCCUCCAGUAUCUGUGAAAGCAGCCUUCGACUUUUUAAACAGACUGGGAAAAAUAGCAUCAAAUCCCACCUGCAAAAGGGUCCCUAACGUUUCAGCUAUUAUUGGAGAUUCAGGAUCCUCUCAGUCUUUAGCCGUUGCGGACUUAAUCAGUACUUUCCGAAUCCCAAUGGUGAGCUACGUUUCCACCUGCGUCUGCCUGAGUAACAGAAAGGAAUAUCCAUCAUUUUUUAGAACAAUACCCAGCGAUUACUUUCAGGUCAGAGCGUUAGCCCAACUUGUAAAUCAUUUUGGGUGGACUUGGAUCGGAACGAUUAAAAGUGACGAUGACUAUGGUAACUUUGGAAUGCAAGCUUUUCUGAAAAUUGUGCGAAGUUUAGGCGUCUGCAUUGCUUUCUCUGAAUCCUUUCAUAAAUCAUAUUCCAAAGAAAAAUUGCUGAAAACGAUAAAUACCAUCAAGACAGCGUCCACAGCCGUUGUAGUGGCUUUUCUCUCCCAGUCGGAUAUGGCCAUUUUGCUCAGACAGAUAGCACUGCAAAAUGUCACAGGAAUCCAAUGGAUAGGAAGCGAAGCCUGGAUCACAACUUAUCCUCUUCCACCAGCAGAAAGCCGACGAUUUCUCACUGGCGCAAUUGGCAUUGCAAUUCGUAAGGUACAUUUACCAGGUCUGAAAGAAUUCCUAAUGCAAGAGUUUUGGGAAAAAUCCUUCAGCUGUACGCUAGAGAACAUGGAAAACAAGACAGCGGGAAGGAAACCUAAGUCAGAGUCCCAGGGAUGCACAGCAAAAGAGGAUUUACGAGCUGCACAGAAUAUCUUUACAACUGUGACUGAAUACAGAGUAACUUACAAUGUAUAUAAAGCGACCUAUGCCAUAGCUCAUGCCCUUCAUAAUAUGCUGACCUGCGAAACUGGUAAAGGACCAUUUUACAACAACAGCUGUGCAAACAUUUCAAACUUUCAACCAUGGCAGCUGCUGUAUUACCUGCAAACAGUAAAAUUCACGACGAAGAUUGGAGAAACGGUAUCUUUCGACGAGAAUGGUGACCCUGUACCAACAUACGAUAUCGUCAAUUGGCAGCCAGACGCAUUCGGUAGCACGAAGAUUGUAACUGUUGGGUACUAUGAUGGAUCCGCAUUACCUGGGCAAGAAUUUGUCAUAAACAAAGAUGAAAUGAUAUGGACUGGCGCUCAGGUCAAGGUUCCCAAUGCAGUUUGCUCCAAUCCCUGUCCCAAUGGAACAAGAAAGGCAGCCAGGAAAGGUCAACCCAUUUGUUGCUUUGAUUGUAUUCGAUGUGCUGAUGGUGAAAUAAGUAACAUGACUGAUUCAACAGAAUGCCUCAAAUGUCCGUUGGAAUACCGAAGUAACCAUCAGCGAGACGAAUGCAUCCUGAAGGAAAUUCAAUUUCUUUCAUUCGAGGAGACAUUGGGUAAUAUUUUGGUCGCCAUCGCGUUAUUUGGAUCCUCUAUUAGCAUCAGUGUCUUUGUUACCUUCCACCGUUACAGAGACACACCCAUCGUUAAAGCGAACAACUCAGAAUUAAGCUUCUUGCUUCUUUCCUCAUUAACAUUUUGUUUCAUGUGCUCUAUUACAUUCAUUGGAGAACCGUCCGUUUGGUCUUGCCCUUUGCGUCACGUGGCAUUUGGUAUCAUUUUUGUUCUUUGUAUUUCUUGCAUUCUAAGCAAAACAAUUGUUGUGGUGAUGGCAUUUCAAGCAACUCUUCCUAACAACAACCUCAUGAAGUGGUUUGGACACAAGCAACAACUUUUAACUGUUCUUAUGCUUACACUUGUGCAAUGUUUAAUAUGUGCUGCUUGGAUAACAAUAUCUCCGCCAUUUCCUGAAAAGAACAGUGAUUAUUUUAAUGAAAUAAUAGUAUUUGAAUGCAACAUAGGGUCUACAAUAGCCUUUUACUGUGUCUUCGGUUAUGUAGGAUUUCUCUCAUCUAUCUGUUUUGUGGCUGCUUUCUUAGCUCGCAAACUUCCUGAUAAUUUCAAUGAAGCUAAACACAUCACUUUCAGCAUGCUUAUCUUUUGUACAGUUUGGAUAACAUUCAUUCCAGCUUAUGUGAGUUCUCCCGGGAAAUAUACAGUUGCUGUAGAAAUAUUUGCCAUUCUGGCGUCAGGUUUUGGCUUGUUGUCUUGCAUAUUUGCACCGAAAUGUUAUAUUAUCCUGCUGAAACAAGAACUAAAUACAAAGAAACAUAUGAUGUGCUAAAUUGCUUCAAUCAAGCAUUGGAUAAUUGAAUCAAACAGCACAGAAAGAAAGCAUUUUGUACUAACUUUGAAAGAGCUUUCCUUUAAACCUCACCUCAACCCCUG